CAGAGCUGAGAGUGGCAGCUGAUUGUUCAAAUGGACAAUAUGGGAAGGCAGCUGUCACCGGUUGAGAAUAGGCUCUUCCGAUUCGGCUUACUGACUCUUAAACCCGGUUCUUUUGCGCAUUACACAUCACAAUUAUCUUAUUGGCUGUGUCGGUGCAAAGUUCAGUCGAGUAGAUUUAGAGGAAACGCAGUGCACAGCAACAAGCCUAAAACUUCUACGAAGGUAAUGGACAUGCUUCCUGUAGUGGUGGUCCAUGGAGGGGCAGGCAGUGUUCCAAGGGAGCGAUCAGACAAGGCCAGCUCUGGGGUUUGCUCAGCAGCUCAAGUUGGGUAUGUGAUCCUGCAGAGGGGGGGCAGCAGCAUGGAUGCUGUGGUGGAGGCAGUGACCCAGAUGGAGAAUAACCCCGUCUUCAAUGCAGGCUGUGGGUCCGUGCUGACCAACAAUGGGGAGGUGGAGAUGGAUGCUAUUGUGAUGGAUGGAAAAACACUGGCGAGUGGUGCUGUUUCUGCUGUACGCAAUAUCGCCAAUCCUGUGCAGCUAGCAAGACUGGUUAUGGACAAGACGAGUCACAGCUGUCUGACAGCACACGGUGCAAAUCAGUUUGCCCGGGCUAUGGAUGUCCCAGAGGUUCCCCAAGAGUCCCUCAUCACUGAGUACUCCCGAAUGCGUUGGAGAAAAAACCUGGCACCUGAUGCCAACCCUGUGGAGUGCCAAAUGGGAAAGAUGGGCACUGUUGGAGCUGUGGCAGUUGACCUGAAAGGCAAUGUAGCAUGUGCAACCUCUACUGGUGGGCUUCUCAAUCAGAUGGAAGGACGUGUGGGUGACACACCUUGCAUCGGAUGUGGAGGCUAUGCUGACAAUCAGGUUGGAGCAGUGUCAACCACAGGCCACGGAGAAGCCAUUAUGAAAGUUACUCUUGCCAGGCUCAUCCUGUUUCACAUGGAGCAAGCUACAGGACACCUUCACGAUGGAGAACAUAUUAUUUGGGGUGAACCUGUAGGAAUUGCAAGCAGACUAUGUUAUAAAUAACCUAUUAUUACUCUCGAAAUAUUUCAUUCAUUGCUCAAAAUGGAAAAAAGUAAAGCCUCUUUUUACAGUGUUAAAAAAACAGCCUUAAAAUGUAUCAAAGGUUAAAAAAAAAAAAGCAAUGUCACUCUUGAAUGCAUUUGAAAAUAUUCGAAGACCUCUAGUGUUUAUCAUACAAAUGUGUGAAUGUGUGUUUUUGUUUUACCUUGUGCCUUGAAGUUGUUGCCAAAUUGUAUGUACUGUAUGCACUUUUUGCUUGUUUAAUGUGUGCGUUCUAUUAUACGUAAUAAAAAAAAAUUAAAAAUAAAUAAAAUAAUAAAAAAAAAACUCUCUUUUUUAUGACAUCAUCUGUGCAUCUCACUGAACAGGCAUGACCAAUCAACUUCCGUCAAAUCCAACUGUUACACGAGCAUGAAGUAACUUGACAUCGAGUAAAUACGAACACGAACACUCAACACACACAUAAUAACGUCAUCGAAGCUUAUCUUUAUGCGGUCGCACCCAGCACUAACAUGUAGGAACAACCGGGAGGUGAAAGAAGGGGAAAAAUAGUCUAUUUGUGGCAGCAUCGGAGAAACAUUCACUUUGUCUGAACGCACACCACUAUGGUGCGUUCAGGACCGCUGGGAAUACCUCCUCCAUUAAACGUCAUGAAAUAAAAUGACAAACAUGCAAAAACUAUGGGCAUUCUAACAGUAUAUUAUGUUUCCAAUAAAAUUUUAAAAGCUUUUGUUUCCAAAAUUGAUAUGCAUUUACAAAAAUUUCAUGUAGUUAUUUACAAAACUAUUUUUAAAAACGUCUUUUUUUUUUUUCAUUGCUUCUUCCGUGUCACCCACAGACUGGUACCGGGCCAAGUGGUUGGGAAGCCCUGCUAUAGAACGAGAUUACAGCAUUUUAAACAUAUACACUAAGUCCCCCACUAACAAACACAAUUGGUUCCAGACUGUUCUUAAGUCAAAUUGUUCUUAAGUCGGGGAAAAGGUAAUAUUACCAAUGAUAUAGGUACUACAUGUACGUGUAUACAUGUACAGUAUAUAUAUGUAAAUAUGAGUUUGGAUGUAGUAGUAAUAUUAAACGAGGAUAAUUAAUGAAAAAAACAGUAAUAAAAAUGAUAUAAUACGUAAUGAUAAAUGUUAUUUACCUUUGAAGAGGAGUGGUCGAGCAUAUGUCGUGGAGGAGGAGUUAUUGAAAAAAAGGACAAAUCGUCGUUGUUAGACUCUUCUAAAAGAGGUAGUGUUCUGUGAGUGGUGUAGAAUUAAGCAGGCCUAUUAACUCUUCAUAAACUUUAACCACACGCUUUGUCCAGGUUGUAUCAUAAAACUCUUAGCCUUCUUCUCUCCUCUUCCUCCUGUAUCUGUUGGUCCCAUUAGCAGUGUCACAGUGCCCUCUGCUGGUCAAGCAUGUAGCAGUAUAAAUAUGGACUUAUAAGGCAAAACACAUGAAAAAAUAGACCAGUCGGCUUGUGUUCGUAUCUCCGAAUGUUGGCACGUCGGAUGUUCGUUAGUAGGGGACUUAGUGUACAUGCUUAUGAAAUAUACAUAGAAUAGAAGAUCCUACACAUCUGCAGGUUUGGAGAAUGUGUCAUAUAGUAAUCCCUUGUUUGUCGAGGUUCCGAACCCAACCGUAAUAAUUGAAUUUCCACAAAGUAGGAUUCCUUAUUCAUAAAUGGAAUAUUUUUUGUAGAAAACCUGUUUACAACCUUCUAAAUAUACUUUUUGACAUUAGAGCCCUCUAGACAUGAAAUAACAUCCAUAUAUGUGGAUACUUAAUUCACCUUUAUACUCCUAUUACCCAAUAUGUAUAUUAUUACCCAAUAUAGUAAACAUAAACAUAAAUAAGAAUGUGUAAUGCUGUAAAUGUGUUCCGGUGCUAGGGGAGAAAGUAGGGGACGGACACGAAGUGAUGUCGGGGGGUUGAGAGUUGAGUUUCAGCUUGGCGUGGGUUAUGGCCAGAAACAGUAAAACAGUGUUUAUUUGGUAUUAAUGUGCCUGUUGUGAGAUAAUUCAAACCUACAAUAAAGGCCUGUUGUUCUGGCCACCGGUCUGGUGCUUGUGUGUCUCGUCGUACAUGACUGACCCCUGGUGACCAGUGUAGAAUACUACAUAUCUUUGCAACAUCUUUGAAUGUGUAUUCUGAAUGCCUUAUAUUUGUUUGGAUUUAUUGUUUUUGAGUCAGUGUGGCACACCUGUGUGCGCUCACAUUACGUGGCCACGGUAGGUGGACGCCACACUGUCAUUGCUAUACUUGGCCUUUACGCUUCUAUUGCCAUGUUUACCUGCUUUGCUGCUUGCCUUGCAACUGUUUUUGCCUUGCUCGUCCAGCAUUUGUAAGUUUUUAACAAGCUUCUGCUACAUACCUGAUGGUUAUUCAGCAGAAUCUAGCAAUCAAGGUUGGCUUCACGUACCCUCCUUGGCUUUACUUUUUGUAUUUUCGAGCCGGUAUAAGAGAGUAAAUCGUGUUUACAGAGUAUAUGAAAGAAGCAGGAUUGUACAGUGUUACUACUUGAUUUAUUCUGAAUGUAUUCCCUAUUGUUCUUUCAUCAAGGUUUUACUGAUGACAUAGUUUGUUUUGACAGUAUUUCUCGUGUUUUUAUUCCCUUAUGUAUUUUUUCUUCCAUUACUGAAUAAACUUAUCUCCAAACUAUUAACCCUACUUUCACACUUAGUUAUCCUUUCCUUGUUAGAAAAUUCUAAUACUGUAUAUAUAUAUAUAUUUUUUGCAAAGCAAUAAAAGUUCAGACAUUUCUUCUUGUGUUUAAAUGUUUGCAGUACUGCAUAUAGGCCACUGAAAUAGUUAAAGUUUACCAUGGUUAUAGCAAAGACUAUUCUCCUUUCCAAGCUAGUGUACUUUUUUGAUGUUUGCACGGUUUACAUAUUGCCCUCAAUCACAUUGUUAACAUU